AUGCAGUAUCAUGCAGGAGUUGGAUGGAUACCAAACGAAUUUCCGUCCGGCCGGAGCAGAUUCGGUGACGUUAACGCAUUCUACCCUCAAGAAAAGGAAGAUUUCAGGAAUCUGAACUCUCGCCUCGAACAGUACAUCAAUCUAGUCAAAGGUCUUGAAAGGGACAACCUCCAGCUGGUGAACGAACUUCGUCAUCUUCAUGAGUCAUGGGGUCAGCAGAACACCGAGUACAAGGCCUCCAUCUCCAAGUCUUUAUUGGUAAAUAGAGAUGAGUCGAUAGCAGCCAUAAAGGGUUCUGCAAAGCAGGCUAUCGCGGCAAAACGAAUCAAUGAGAGAAUCGAUCUGUUCCAAAAAAGGAUAGACUUCAUUCGGCUGGCUGAGCAGGGAGAUCGUGCAAGAUGUGCCGAGUUGCGUUCACAAAUAACAAAGGCCGAGGCCGAUCUGGAACUUCAGUUGAGAGAGAACGGUCGCUUAGCUGAUGAACGUGCUCAGCUAUCAGCACAGAACGCCGCUCUCUAUCAUGAGUACGAGAGAAUCUGGGAGGAAAUCGAUCGAGUGAGACUCGAACUGGCUGAGUACCAAGCAAGAGAGGAGCGUUUGAAUGCCGAGAAGGAAUUCCUUAUGAAGGUUCAAGAACGAGAGGUCCAUGAGAUCAACAACCUCCUUGCUGAAUCUUCAUUCGAUGCAAAAACUUUCUUCGAAACCGACAUUGCAAAUGCGAUCAGAGACAUCAAACUAGAAUACGAGGCUUCCCAUAAACUCAUUCGUAACAGAGUUACAACCUAUUAUCACCAGAAGGCUGAUGAGAUGAGAAGAAUUGCUGAGGCAAGAGGUGCUGACGAACUCAAGCAUCGAUUGGCCCAGAUUGCAAAGAUGGAAGGCACGAUCGGGGAUUUGAGAAGCAAGUUCCGCCCACUGGAGGACCGAAACCAUCUGUUGGAGAAGGAAUACAACCAAUUGCAAAAUUCGAUAAGGAACGACGAGGAACGCUAUGAACGGGAGAAACGACGCCGUGAUGAGGAAUACAGAAACGCGCUUGCUAUGUACCAACGUCUGCUCGUUGAACAAGGCUCAAUGUCUGAAGUGAUGCUGUUGGAGUUGGAGAUCUACAGAAAGAUGAUCGAAUGCGAAGAGAAGAGAUGGGGACAUCGCGAAGUUACCAAGCUCUACGAGUCUUUUGCUCAAAUCACAAAGCACCGAACUUAUGAGGGUGACAUUCGUAUCAAAGAUUGUGAUGAACACGGUAUGCAGGUCGUCAUUGAAAACGCUGGAUCGAUCGAGCAUCGCUUGAGCGGUUAUCGCCUAAGUCGAACGGUCGAUGGUAUUGAGAGAUCAUUCACGUUCCCACACCUCUUCGUUCUAUAUCCUGGACAAACGGCACAGGUUUCUGCGCAUGUCCAAACACAAAAGAAGAACGACCACCAUCACCACUUCUACCUUGAACGUCAUUCAAGUUGGGGCGUUGGUCCCCAUGUUAUAACUUAUCUGUAUAACGCUCAAGGAAAGGAAGUAGCCAGCUUUGAGGUGAAAACCGUCUAG